AAAACAACAUAGGUUAACUAUUUCCUAAAGGCUGUAGGAAACGUUCAUAUCCGUACUCACGGGUUACAGGAACAAAUUUCCUGGUAGAUAUUGUUGGUUUGGCUGUGUCACUUUCACUGACUUGCCAGUCACUGACGACAGUGACUGUCACUCAGGUCAUCUCAUUCUCAUCUCUCGGACGACUAUGGUACCAUAACAUAAAGAAUACUGGCUUAAGAAAUAGGUCUACUGCUUGAACGUACAUACAACUGUCCCAUUAGAUGACAAAUGAAUACCAUUAUACGCUAUUUACAUUUUGCAAACAGCACACAAAGACUUUUACGUUUAUGUUAUAAUUGCGAGAAGCUGUCAACAUGUAAAUUUUUAAAAAGAUAUUUUAAUUCAUCAAGAUUACUACAAUAUGCCACUCUUGGAAAGAAACAAAAACUACACGUAAAUAUUCGGUAUAAUGAAGAAUAUGUAGAUGUUCGUGAACAGUUAGGGGAAGAGGAUGAAACUGUACUUGGGCUCUAUUCUGGAUUAAAAAAUCAUGACAGAGCGAGUUUAGCAAGGGCUAUAACUCUAGUUGAAUCAGGGCACAAGAAAAAGAAAAAGCAAGCACAGUUAUUAUUAAUGAAAAUAUUACAUGAUAACAUGGGAGAAGUGGCUCAUUCCUUAUCUAAUCAACAGACUUUUAGAAUAGGUUUAUCAGGUCCACCAGGGGCAGGCAAGAGUACUUUUAUAGAAGCUUUUGGUAAAUAUUUAACAGGUCAUGGUCAUAAAGUAGCAGUAUUAGCUGUAGAUCCUUCUUCAUCAACUACAGGCGGUUCUCUUUUGGGUGAUAAAACUCGUAUGCCAGAGUUAUCCUGUGAUUCUAAUGCCUACAUACGACCGUCACCAACAGGUGGAACAUUAGGUGGUGUUACCAGGACAACCAAUGAAGCUGUGGUUUUAAGUGAAGGGGCAGGGUUUGAUAUAGUUAUAAUAGAAACAGUCGGAGUAGGCCAAUCAGAGUUUUCUGUAGCUGAUAUGGUAGAUAUUUUCUGUUUACUCAUUCCACCAGCAGGGGGCGACGAGUUACAAGGUAUAAAGAAAGGUAUUGUUGAAGUAGCAGAUAUGGUGAUAGUUAAUAAAAGUGAUGGUGAUUUAAUUCCUGCAGCUCGUAGAAUACAAGCAGAAUAUAUCAGUGCUUUAAAAUUUAUGAGGACACGAUCAAAAGUAUGGAAACCAAAGGUUACCCGAAUUUCUUCUUUUACGAAAGAUGGAAUACCAGAAUUAUGGGAUACUUUGUGCGAUUAUCGUAAAUUAAUGAAUGAAUCCGGUGAAUUUAUAAACAGAAGAGAGAAACAAUUAAAAGUGUGGAUGUGGAAUCAUAUUAAAGAUCACAUCAUGGAUGUAUUCUGUGAAGAUCAGGAUGUAGAAAAUAAACUGCCCUCAUUAGAAACUCUAGUAAUUAAAGGUGCAAUUACUCCUGGUUUAGCAGCUGAUUUGUUAUUGAAAGAAUUUAUGAAAAAAUCUUUUAAAUCCUGAUUAAAUUAUAUGCCAAGAUAUAUGUGUGUUUUAAUGACCCAAAAAAAUAAAUCAUUUAGACAUUCUCA